UGGCUAGCUGGCGACAUGUUGUCGGCGGUCAGGAGACGGAGAUGGAGAUGGAGAGUUGGUGCCGAGUGUCAAGCACACGAGUGCAGCCAAUAGAGCUGGCAGAGACAGAAGCAAAAGCCGUGGCCAAUUCAGUGCGAAAAUUGUGCAAAGCCAGGCAGCAGGGCCUGUGUGAAGUCCCAGGCAAAUGCCAGCUGGCAACUAAAUAGAAAAUAGCAAAAAAUAUUUAAUUAUCAUAAUUCAAACUAGCUGCUAGAUUGUUGUUAAUUACACAAAUUAAGUGCACGAAGCUGGCGACGGGCGAGCUCCGGCCAACUUUUUAGUCUAAAACUAGAAAAUUAGAAACUUACACAAAAAAAAAAAAAAUCAAUAAGUCAAGUUGUGUGUUAAAUUGAAAGCAACGCCCCCCGCACAGCGCCACACACAUUGGAAGAAGAAAAAAAAAUAGUAAUCUCGCCAAGUCAAUUCCGGAUUAUAUAACAGCACGCCAAGGCGACAGGGCGUGGGCAGCAGCAGCGGGGCGUGGGGCGUGGAAUCAAUCGAUAGAACAAACAAGAUGCGCCAAUAAAUUGGCCAAGCGCACAAAAGCCAGGCCAUAAGCUAGAGCAAGGAGCUAACUCUGUCGAGGAUUAGCCAGUAGCAGGAGAAGUGUAGCGCAAUUAUGGGCAAGAAAAAGGUGGCCACCGAGGAUCUGGUGGUGCCGCCGCAGGAUACACGCAUCUGUGGCACCAUCUGCAUAUGCCAGAUGACGCUGGUGCUCAGCUCCGUGGCGCUGGUCUAUCUCACCGUGGCCAUAUAUAUGCCAUCGACGCGCGCCUUCAAGAGCGGCAUCGAUCCGACGCCCGUCAUGUGCACCACAACGCGGGCUGUGAACAAGGACAACUGUGAGUGGGGCAGCUGCGGCGAAUGGUGCCUGAGCAAGACCUCGGGCGCCUGCAUACAGAUCUAUGUGAAUCUGCGCAGCAACGGCACAAAUCUCACCUUCCAGAAUUGCACGAAUUCGGCGAACAAAACGUGCUACGGCAUCGAUCAGGAUCGCGCGGACAAGGCGCGCUGCAUCAACGACGAGUGCAAGAAUCUGACGGGCACCUUCAACUGCACGGCGGGCCAGUGCCUGAACAUAACCGACGCCUUCGAGUGCGUCUUUCACAACAGCGAUGCGCCCGUCAAGUGCUCGGGGCGGCGCGGCAAGAUCAACUGCAUGGACAUCAGCGGUUUGUUCUCGUGCAGCCGCGGCACCUGCCGCAAGAUACGCACGCCGUACAAUUGCGAUAGACGCUGCGUGGACAUUCCGACGCGCAACAAGAACGUGGUGGUGCUCAGCGGGGACAAGGUGUAUCUGUCGCAGUGCCAGAAUGCCAUCAAUGCCGAGACCUUGGAGGAGGUGUGGAACGAGUCCAAUGACAAUGUGGCCAUGACAUCGUGCUAUUAUAUCAAGAACACGUCGGAUCGCGUGGACGCGGUCGACUGCAUCAAUGGCUCCACGCUGGAGCACAGCAUGCUCAGCGAUCUGACCAACUUUACAUAUCUCAGUCAUUUGCAUGUCUCGGUCGCGACGCAGGUGCCAGAGAUAGCGCCGCCCGAUGUGGACUUGACCAUUUCGAAUGAGUCCAAGCUGAUGAUCAAUUUGGAGGGUUGCGUCAAUACGCUGCAGGACGAGUGCAAGGAAUUCCUGAAGGUUUUCGGCCGUGAUGGCAGCGAUCAUAAUGCCCGGGCACGUUUCCCCUGCUUCUAUUCGCCGUCCAAAAAGGAUAUCGUGGUGGCCCGUUUCGAUCUGGAGGUCACCUAUCGCCAGUUUGUGUUCGCCUCGGUUGUGCCCUCGGUGCUGUUUGUGGUCUCCUGCUCGGUGCUAAUAAUGUGCCAGACCACCGUCUAUGUGGGCGACGAUGCCAAGAUGCGUUUCAAGGGCUGCGUCGACACCGCCUCCGUUUUGUCCAAGAACAACCCCGGCGCUCCGACCAGCGCCGACAUGGCUGGCGGCGGUGGCGACGAAGUCAUGGCUCUAUGAGAUCCGUCACGCAUUCCUCUGCUCCAGGAAGACAGUCCGGUGCAUCAGACGGGCGUCUUCGCUUUGCAGUAAAUGGAGUUGGGC